UCCGGAGCCGACGGGCGGCGCCCUAGCGCGUGCUCACUUGGGACCUCUGCCGCCGAAAUCCUAGGCUUUGGCGGCGGCUCCCCAAACUAAUCCUCCGUGGUCAGGUACAGGAGCACUUUAGGAACAAAAUUCCUACGCCUUCUGUGCUCUCGGCUCUGCACUCCUACGCCCGCAGGCUAAUCUCGGGCGGCAAAUACUAGUGUUUCCUUUGCGUCACUGUCUGGGUGGUUUUCGGGCUAACUGGGGCCUGGACCCGGCGAGACGCCGCUGCUGGCCGGAUGUUGCGAUGGCUGAUCGGGGGAGGCCGCGAACCUCAGGGACUGGCCGAGAAAUCUCCAUUACAGACAAUAGGUGAAGAACAAACUCAGAACCCCUACACUGAGCUGCUUGUACUGAAAGCUCAUCAUGAUAUUGUACGAUUUCUGGUACAGUUAGAUGACUACAGAUUUGCAUCUGCUGGGGAUGAUGGAAUUGUAGUCAUUUGGAAUGCCCAGACAGGAGAAAAGCUUUUGGAACUCAGUGGACACACUCAAAAGAUAACAGCUGUUAUUACAUUUCCUUCCUUGGAAUCUUGUGAAGAAAAAAAUCAACUCAUCUUGACAGCCUCUGCUGAUCGAACAGUUAUUGUAUGGGAUUCUGAUACUGGCAGACAAGUUCAGAGAGUAUCAUGUUUCCAGUCUACUGUAAAGUGUUUAACUGUUCUUAAGAGACUAGAUGUUUGGCUCUCUGGUGGGAAUGACUUAUGUGUGUGGAACCGAAAAUUAGAUCUCCUGUGUAAGACCAGCCACCUUUCUGAUACAGGUAUCAGUGCUUUGGUUGAAAUACCCAAGAACUAUGUCAUAGCAGCAGUUGGCAAAGAACUGAUAAUUUUCAGAUUAGUAGAACCCACAGAAGGAUCCUUUGAAUGGGAUAUUAUUGAAGUUAAGCGCCUCCUUGACCACCAGGAUAAUAUUCUUUCAUUGGUUAAUGUCAAUGAUCAGAGUUUUGUUACGGGCUCCCAUGUUGGAGAGCUGAUCAUCUGGGAUGUCCUGGACUGGACCAUUCAGGCUUAUGAACGCAACUUCUGGGACCCAUCUCCACAGCUGGACACCCAGCAAGAAAUAAAACUCUGUCAAAAACCAAAUGACAUUUCCAUUCAUCAUUUCACAUGUGAUGAAGAGAAUGUAUUUGCUGCAGUUGGAAGGGGUUUAUAUGUGUAUAACCUUCAAAUGAAGCGUGUGAUUGCCUGCCAGAAAACUGCACAUGACUCCAAUGUCUUGCAUAUUGCCAAACUUCCAAACAGGCAGUUAAUCUCAUGCUCAGAAGAUGGCAGUGUACGCAUUUGGGAGUUACGAGAAAAACAGCAGCUCACAGCUGAACCUGUACCAACAGGUUUUUUUAACAUGUGGGGAUUUGGAAGAGUGAACAAACAAGCCAGCCAACCUAUUAAAAAGCAGCAAGAAAAUGCCACUUUGUGUUCACUGGAGCUCAUUGGUGAUUUGAUUGGACACUCAUCCUCUGUGGAGAUGUUUCUGUACUUUGAAGAUCAUGGACUUGUUACUUGCUCUGCUGAUCAUCUCAUUAUUUUGUGGAAAAAUGGAGAACGAGAAUCUGGAUUGCGCAGUUUAAAAUUAUUUCAGAAAUUAGAGGAAAAUGGUGAUUUAUACCUUGCUGUUUAGUCUAAGGAACUGAGAAUACAUAUGCAUGAACCUUGAACAUCAAAUAUAGAUUAAUACUCUGAAAAACAUUAAUAUAUUGAUUAUUUAAAUUUGUAUUUUUUUCCCUGUUUGAUCCAUAAAAUUCUAUAUGUUUGAGUUUUUACACACUUACAACCCAGCAAAAAAUUGCUUCUCAGGUAUUAGAAAACCCACUAAAGAACAUACCACAAGUUCUCCAUUGGUCUUUGUGCAGAUGGUGAGUGCUUAACUUGAACCAUUGUGAAAUGGUGGGAAUAGGGGUAAGAGUAAAGUAGUAGUUUUAUUUUGAGAUUCCUUUAUGGUAUAUUUCACUAAGAAUUCUUGUGAUAAGCCAGGUACAGUGACACAUACCUGUAAUCCCAGCACUUUGAAAGGCUGAGGCUGGAGAAUUAUGAGUUCAAAGUCAGCCUCAGCAAUGGUGAGGAGCUAAGCAACUUGGUGAGACCCUGUCUCUAAGUAAAAUACAAAAUAGGGCUGAGGUGUUGUGGCUUAAUGGUUGAGUGCCCCUGAGUCCAAUCCCCGGUGUUCCCAUGUCUCCCCAAAGAGAAUUCUUGUGAUAAAUAUGCCCUUUUUCUACAGAUUUCCCUGGCCUUUAAGAAUUAUCAGUGAUUUUUUUGGGGGGGAGUACCAAUUGAUUUGUUUAAAUCAUUAAUAAAUUAGUUGUGGCAACUAAAAUUCUUACAUACUAAAAUCCA